CAGCUUCACCUCUCCGCCCGCCCCCUUUCCCUUCUUCAACAACGUGCUCCCCAAACAAAACAAAAGAAACCAGCUACCAACCCCCAAACCCUCCGCACCAUUUAUUCUCUUCGCACUGAUCGCCCAUUUGGCGGAUUCCCCGACGCAGCCCCCCGUUAUAGUUAGCAGCAGUCCCACCCCCCCAAUUCAAACCUCCCACUUCCCGACCAACCAACCCAAGAAAUGGCGUUCGCGGCCAGCCCAGCAGCCACCACCACCAUUCUCAACACCUCCUUCUUCACCUCCAAACCCAGCUCUUCCUCUUCCCUCCCCAUCAAGCCCCGGGCCUUCUCCGUCCGCAACUCCGUCGCCGCCGUCGCCCCCGCCGCCAAGGUCGCCCAGGACUGCCAGGUCAAGUCCGUCAAGGCCCGGCAGAUCAUCGACAGCCGUGGCAACCCCACCGUCGAGGUCGAUCUCUUCACCGGCGACGGCCACCUCUUCCGAUCCGCCGUCCCCAGCGGCGCCUCCACCGGGAUCUACGAGGCUCUCGAGCUUCGCGACGGGGACAAGUCCGUCUACGCCGGUAAAGGCGUCCUCACUGCUGUUGCCAACAUUAAUGAUAUUCUCGGCCCUAAGCUCGUCGGCGUUGAUGUUAGAAGUCAAGCGGAUGUAGAUGCUCUGAUGCUGGAGAUUGAUGGAACCCCAAACAAGUCGCAACUUGGGGCGAACGCCAUACUGGGAGUCUCCCUCAGUGUGUGCAGAGCUGGGGCAGGUGCCAAGAGAGUGCCAUUGUACAAGCACAUCCAGGAAUUGGCAGGGACGAAAGAGCUGGUUAUGCCCGUCCCGGCUUUCAAUGUCAUCAAUGGAGGCAGCCAUGCUGGAAAUGCACUAGCUAUGCAGGAGUUCAUGAUUUUGCCUGUUGGGGCUGGUUCUUUCGCCGAGGCCCUCCGUAUGGGCAGUGAAGUUUACCAUACACUCAAGGGGAUUAUCAAAUCGAAGUAUGGACAGGAUGCUUGCAAUGUUGGUGAUGAAGGUGGGUUUGCUCCUAAUGUACAAGACAAUAGGGAAGGGCUGGUGCUUCUCAUGGAUGCUAUUGACAAGGCUGGUUAUACAGGAAAGAUCAAAAUCGGAAUGGAUGUUGCUGCUUCAGAAUUUUUUACCAAGGAUGGAAGAUACGACUUGAACUUCAAGAACCAACCGAAUGAUGGAGCUCACGUGCUUGCAGCUCAGAGCCUUGGAGACCUUUACAGGGAAUUUAUCAAGGAUUUCCCUAUUGUCUCCAUUGAAGAUCCAUUUGACCAGGAUGACUGGAACUCUUGGGCGUCUCUGCAGUCUUCUGUGGAUAUCCAACUUGUGGGAGAUGAUUUGUUGGUCACAAAUCCCACUAGAAUAGCUGAAGCUAUUGGCAAGAAGUCCUGCAAUGGUUUGCUUCUCAAGGCAAGCGGCCUAGAAGUGAACCAGAUUGGCACGGUGACAGAAUCCAUUAAAGCAGCACUUGACUCGAAAGCUGCAGGAUGGGGAGUGAUGGUUAGCCACCGAAGUGGUGAAACUGAAGAUAAUUUCAUUGCUGAUCUUUCUGUUGGACUGGCCAGUGGACAGAUUAAAACUGGAGCUCCUUGCAGAAGUGAGCGAUUGGCCAAAUACAAUCAGCUGCUGCGGAUUGAAGAGGAACUAGGAAAUGUGCGCUAUGCUGGUGAAGCCUUCCGAUCCCCAUAGGAGAAGAGAAGGGAAAGGUGGAAUGAAAUGAAACAUAAUUUGAGUUAAAUUGGUGAAUUGGGACGUUGUAGCAGAAAAUCUGUAGAUCUACCUUCUUUUACAAGAAAGGAGUCGAGGUACAUGGCAAAGCAGCAGAAAGAGUCGCGUAAUUAGGCACUAAAAAUUUCAAUUUUUGUACUUUUGUUGUUACCUAAUUGAUUACAGAUGAACAGAUGCUUGGUUAUUAACAAUAAAGUUUGCAUUUACAUGGAUUUGGUGUUCAACAUCCAUGGCACUGGCAAAGCUACGCCCUAUUGUAUUGCUGGGAUCUCGUCCCUCCAUUUCUCUGAGUGAAUUAAAAGAAAGCUGGUUUGCUUGUGAACAAUAUAUGACUGAGAUAAGUGAGAAACUUGAGUAACAUUUUCAGCUA